AUGAGUUCCCAGGAUUUUGAAGCAGCCAAGUUAAGAGAGGAAGUAUCCGAGAAACAGGCUGUAGCUGCCGCUCGCCGGACUAUGACUCGCAGUCAGUCCACGAUUAAGGAAAAGGAGAUCGCAGAACCUUUGGAUAAAAUAGGUAAUAAGGCGAAGCGCAUAGAUUUUAUACUGUCGAAGGCGACUGAAGCGGAGCUACAAAAGCAAAGAGAUGGGCAGCAGGCAACGACAUUGCUGAUAGCGAAGGAAGCAAAGAAGAAGCAGAGUAGAACUGUGGCGGAGGAAGUGUUUGAGAGGAUGGUGUUGGUGACUAACAAGAACAUGGAUGAUUCGUUGGUUGAAGCAAGGAGCGUGGAUGAGACCAUUGCGUAG